GGAGGCGGCAGAUGACGAGGCCAUGCAGGAAGUUGACGAUCCCGCGGCAGAGGACGACGCCAAUGAAGAACAAGAUGGAGAGGAAGAAGCGGAGGAUGAAGGAGAGGAGGCCAAACCGAAAUUCAAGCCAUUUAUCAUGCCCAACCUCAUCCCUCCUAAGAUCCCAGAUGGAGAGAAGGUGGAUUUUGAUGAUAUACAUCGUAAAAGGAUGGAGAAAGACCUGAUGGAGCUCCAGACUUUGAUCGAGGUUCACUUUGAGAGCAGAAAGAAGGAAGAACAUGACAUUGUUCAUCUCAAGGACCGGAUUGACAAGCGUCGCGCCGAGCGAGCAGAGCAGCAACGAAUCCGGAGUGAGAGAGAUAAAGAGCGACAGAAGCGCCUUGAGGAUGAGAGAACUCGCAAGGAGGACGAGGAGGCCAAGAGGAGAGCAGAUGAGGAUGCGAAGAAGAAGAAAACCCUCACCAGCCUCCACUUUGGAGGUUACAUGCAGAAGUUGACCGAAAAACGCAGCGGUAAGAGGCAGACUGAGAGAGAGAAGAAGAAGAAAAUCCUGAGUGACAGACGCAAAUCUCUGGACAUCGAAAACUUGAGCCUGGACCAACUCAAGGAGAAAGCCAAAGAGCUGUGGGAGUGGAUGCAGCAGCUGGAGGCCGAAAAGUUUGAUCUGCAGUACCAGAUCACCGGCCAGAAAUACGAGAUCAAUGUGCUGAGGAACCGAGUCAGCGACCACCAGAAAACGUCCAAAAGGACCAAAAGAGGCCUGAGGAAAUAACUGCAGACGUGCAGAGUGAGCGGUGCAUCCAUGAGGCCCCUCCUGCAGCCGACCGCCUCAAACCAAGCCGCAUGCUUCCCCCAGUUAUUUAUCCACACGUUCUGCUCCGUCUCACUCCUUUUUUUUAUUACCAUUAAAUUAGAUCAUCUGGUGUUUGAGGGUAUGAAUGAAUAAAACCUUGACGUUAUUACAUAAAUACAUUUGUUUCGCUCUUCUAGACUUCUAGAGUGUGGACGAAUGAGUUUACUGGCACUCAAAGGUCCAAAGAGUAAAAAUACAUGAAUGCAGAAAGCCUGGAGCAAGUACAGGAAGAGACAGGUGCUGACAUGACUGUCAACGCCCAGACCUCCACCCGACAGACACAAACACUAAAGAGAAUGAAUCAUUUCAAUUUUAACCAAAAUCCAGGUGGGAAAUAAACAGACGUUCUGCCUUUCAACCAGUGAAUCUACAGUGAAUCAUAAAACUAAACUCAAAGCAAAGAUCUUGGAUUUGAUCAUUUGGCCAGAAUUGACUAUCUGAAUUAAUUAAAAACACACUUGGUGAUAUCUGA